AACUGAUUAGUUGGUGAUGGGGAGAGGCGGGCCUUGGGAACCGUCUCAUGGUCGGGGGGUGGGGGGCUAAGAUGGCGGAGCUGAUGCUCCUCAGCGAGAUUGCAGACCCGACACGUUUCUUCACUGACAACCUGCUGAGCCCGGAGGACUGGGACAGCCCUUUGUAUACUGGCCUGGAUGAAGUGGCCGAGGAGCCGACGCAGCUCUUCCGUUGCGUGGAGCAGGAUGUCCCGUUUGACAGCAGCUCCCUGGAUGUGGGGAUGGAUGCCAGUCCCCCUGAGCCCCCAUGGGACCCACUGCCUAUCUUUCCAGAUCUUCAGGUGAAGUCUGAGCCAUCCUCCCCCUGCUCUUCCUCUUCCCUCAGCUCGGAAUCAUCACAUCUUUCCACCGAGCCCUCCAGCCAGGUCCCUGGAGUAGGGGAAGUUCUGCCUGUGAAGACAGAGUCUUUAGCACCCCCACUAUGCCUCCUCGGAGAUGAUUCAACUUCCCCAUUUGAAACUGUCCAGAUUACCGUGGGCUCCACCUCUGAUGAUCCCUCAGAUAUCCAAACCAAGGUAGAACCAGUCUCUCCAUCUUCUUCUGUUAACUCUGAGGCUUCACUGCUGUCGGCAGACUCCCCCAGCCAGGCUUUUAUAGGAGAGGAGGUGCUGGAAGUGAAGACAGAGUCCCCAUCCCCUUCAGGGUGCCUCCUAUGGGAUGUUCCAGCCCCCUCACUUGGAGCUGUCCAGAUCAGCAUGGGUCCAUCCCCUGAUAGUUCCUCAGGCAAAACCCCACCCACAAGGAAGCCACCACUGCAGCCCAAACCUGUGGUGCUAACCACCGUCCAGAUGCCACCCAGAUCCGUGCCUCCUAGCACCACUGUCCUUCUACAACCUCUUGUCCAGCCACCCGCAGUGUCCCCAGUUGUCCUCAUCCAAGGUGCUAUUCGAGUCCAGCCUGAAGGGCCAGCCCCCACUGUUCCACGGCCUGAGAGGAAAAGCAUUGUUCCAGCUCCUAUGCCUGGGAACUCUUGCCCGCCUGAAGUGGAUGCAAAGUUGCUGAAGCGACAGCAACGAAUGAUCAAGAACAGGGAGUCUGCCUGCCAGUCCCGUAGGAAGAAGAAAGAGUAUCUGCAGGGGCUGGAAGCGAGGCUGCAGGCAGUGCUGGCAGACAACCAGCAGCUGCGUAGGGAGAAUGCUGCCCUCCGGCGGCGGCUGGAGGCCCUGCUGGCUGAGAACAGCGAGCUCAAGUUAGGAUCUGGAAACAGGAAGGUGGUCUGCAUCAUGGUCUUCCUUCUCUUUAUUGCCUUCAACUUUGGACCUGUCAGUAUCAGUGAGCCUCCUCCAGCUCCCGUCUCUCCUUGGAUGAGCGGGGAGGAGCCUCGACCCCAGAGACACUUGCUGGAGUUCUCAGAGCAUGAGCCAGUUCAUGGAGUUGAACCCCUCCAGGGAUCCUCCCAGGCCCCUGAGGAGCUGCAGCCUAGCUCAAAAGGCUUGCCCAGUUUCAGGAACCUGACAGCCUUCCCUGGGGGUGCCAAGGAACUACUACUGAGAGACCUAGACCAGCUGUUUCUCUCCUCUGACUGUCGGCACUUCAACCGAACCGAAUCCCUAAGGCUUGCCGAUGAGCUGAGUGGCUGGGUCCAGCGCCAUGAGAGGGGCCGGCGGAAGGUCCCUCAGAAAACCCAGGAGAGACAGAAGUCUCAGCUACGGAAGAAGUCACUUCCAGUUAAGGCAGUCCCCACCCAACCUCCUGACCUCCCAGAAAGGGAUUCUGUGGGCCAACUGCAGAUUUAUCGACACCCAGAUCGUUCACAGCCAGAGUUCCUGGAUGCGAUUGACCGCCGGGAAGAUACAUUUUAUGUUGUCUCUUUCCGAAGGGACCACUUGCUGCUACCAGCAAUCAGCCACAACAAGACCUCUCGGCCCAAGAUGUCCCUGGUGAUGCCUGCCAUGGCCCCCAAUGAGACCCUAUCAGGCCGGGGGGCCCCAGGGGACUAUGAGGAAAUGAUGCAGAUCGAGUGUGAGGUCAUGGACACCAGGGUGAUUCACAUCAAGACCUCCACGGUGCCCCCCUCGCUCCGAAAACAGCCGUCCCCAACCUCGGGCAAUGCCACAGGUGGCCCCUUGCCAGCUUCUGCAGCCAGCCAGGCCCACCAGGCCUCCCACCAGCCCCUCUACCUCAAUCAUCCCUGACCUCUGUAACUCACACUAAGAAUUGGGGGUGGGGUGGGGGGUACAGUGUGACCAAUUGGGACUGUUUCAAAUUCCCCUGAUCCCUGGGUUUGGCGGCAGCUGGUAAAUGAAAGACAGGGGCUAAGCACUUAUUUGGGGGCUGGGUGGUUCAUCUCUCUUCUCACCCCACUUCAGAAUAUAGGGCUUCUCUCAUUCCCAUGAACCCCUAGUCCCUGCUUCUUUCUCUGAGAGUAUUGAGUGAUGUUCAGUUUUGGGGUGGGUGGGCUGCUGCAUAUUCUGUUCUUUUGUUUCUCUCUUUGAGGGUACAAGUGGGAAUUUAGUCCCCAGGUGGGACAAGGGACAUUUUUACAUUUUGGAGCUAGUUACUGGGAGUAAAGGAAGGUUGGUAGAGGGAGAUUAGAUUUAUGUGUGUGCGUAUCUUCUUUUUUGUUAUUAAAUAAACAACUUGGAGGGAGUUGAAGGAA